AUGCUUGAGGGCUGCGAGCGCGGGGCCUCGGCGAUAGCGGCGGUGCGUCGUCCCCCGCGAAGUCCGCGAAGUCAUCGAACAUGUCACCGAAUUCGUCGAACAUGUCAUCGAAAUCGUCGAACAUGUCAUCGAAGUCGUCGAACAUGUCAUCGAACAUGUCAUCGAAAUCGUCGAACAUGUCCUCGAAGUCGUCGAACAUGUCAUCGAACAUGUCAUCGAAAUCGUCGAAAAACUCAUCGAAAAAGCCGCCGCCGUCAUCAUCAUCGUCCUCGUCCUCGUCCUCGUCCUCGUCCUCGUCCUCCUCCUCCUCCUCCUCCUCCUCCGUCGUGGAGGACGAGCCCUUCUUCUUCUUCUUCUUCUUCUUCUUCUUCUUCUUCUUCUUCUUCUUCUUCUUCUUCUACUUCUUCUUCUACUUCUCCAACUGUUUCCCUCCUCUCUAUUUCUUCUUUUUCCCUCCUUUUUUCUUAUUUUUCUUCAUCAUUUUUUUUUUCCUCUUAUCAGGUCUACGUUUUUUCUUAUCCAACCUUUUCUUCAAAGUCUUGUUGUACUCAGAUCUAUGGUGGAUAUGUUACCAUAUUUUCAAGGUCAUAUGACCACAAAAGGUUAAUACGAAUGCAAUACCGGAAAGGCCACCGAACACCAUCGACGCACUGGCGGUGUAAUAUACCUGCUGCCGGGGAGCGCUACCGAGUGAUGCCCGGCUCCGGCGUGCGCACGACCCACGACCAGUGCGCAGGAGACAGCGUAGAGUACAGUGUGUGUGGCACUAAACCCUGUCCGCCGGGGAUGGUGUCCGCCGUGUCCUUUCGAGCGGCACAGUGCCGUCACUAUAACAACAGGCGCGUGUUCGGGAGGGUCGUCAACAACUGGGUUCCUUAUACACAAGGAGGCAUCAACCCGUGCGCGCUGGUGUGCGAGGGCGAGGGCGAGGGCAUCGUCUACACCUUCGGGAAGGUCACGGACGGAACGCACUGCCGCACGGACCAGGCGCAGGACGGCCUCUGCGUCAACGGACGCUGCCUGCGUCUCUCGUGCGACGGGCGGCUGGGCGGCACAGCAAGGGAAGACAUGUGUAGGAUCUGCGGAGGACACAACGAAACGUGUACCCGACAUGUUGGCGUUUUCCACACCGACCUGCCCGCCGCCGACCAGCCGUCGCCUCUGACCCGCGCCGGCGACAGAUCUCCCAGAAAUUAUGGUUAUUAUGACGUGUCUUACAUACCGAAGGGCGCGACCAACGUGAGGGUGAGAGAUACUUCGCCAAACUUCUUGGCGCUGAAGGCCGGGAGCAAAUUCCUGCUGAACGGCGACUGGCUGAUCGACUGGCCCGGGGAGGUGGACGCGGGCGGCACCCUCUUCACGUACGCCCGCAACGAGGACGAAUCGGAAAGCCUCAGCGCCCUGGGACCCACCUCCGAAGACCUCACGCUCAUGGUGUUGCUUCGCGAACACAACCCGGGCAUCUACUACGAGUACUGGACACCGAACUCCGCUUCCGGCGAGGCCCCCCCCGCCGUCGUCCCCCUCCCGUCCGCGACCUCCUCCUCCUCCUCCUCCUCCUCCACGCCCACGACCCCCACCCACUCCCCCGCCACCCCCUCGACGACUUCCGCAACCACCACGACCACGACGACUACAACGCCACGACCGGCCGUGUUGACGAGUGUAAACGUGACGAGGAUCCGGAAGCCGCCCUUGAGGACGCCCCUCCGCCGGCCUCGUCCUCGCCCUCGGACACCGUUCCGACGUCGCCCCCCCUUCGCCCCCAAAAGACGACCCUCCUCGCCCCCCAACCGCGAGGACAACGACACAUACAGACCGAAGAAGCCCAUUAAGCCGUACAAGAAGCCCGUGAAAGGGAAGCCGAAGGGGGAGGAGAGCAAGGGCGGCAAGGGUAGACGGAAGAAGAAGAAGAAGAAGAAGGAACCCGAAGUCCCAUCCUCCUGCGGCCCCUGCGAGAGGCCGCGGCGCGCCAAGCAGAUGUUCUGCACCAGCGACUUCGUGUCGCGUGUGGAGGUGAUCAACAGCGAGCCGGUGGGCGGGGAGCGCCGCUACGAGGUCCUCGUGCAUCAGUCCUACAAGAACACGGUGCCGCUCCUCCACAAGGAGUUCCUGUGGGUGGACAACAACUGCCUGUGCCCCAAGAUGCGCCACGGGCGCUCCUAUCUGGUCAUGGGGUCAACGGAGGUCACGCGGGGUCGCGAGGUGCGGCUCGUGCUUCGGAACGGCAGUUACGUGCGCCGCUACACGCCCCGGAACCUGGCUCGGAUCCUGCGCGUCCGACACAACGAGAUGCGCUUCUGCCGGCCGUGGCGGAGGGACCUGCGCUUCCUGAGGCCGGAGGACAAGGCUCUCAACGCCACCGUCGCCAACGCCACCGCCGACGACGCCAGCGCCUCCUUGGCCUCGGCGGCAGGCGCUUCGGCCGUGCUGCUCGUGGGCACGUAACGCCCGACUCCCUCUUGCGGCCAGGCGAGGCCCAGGAGCUCCCGGAACCGCGAUGCGAGAUUCGUUUCCGUUUCGUUCUCUCCAGUCUUCUCCUUCGUGCUCUUUCUCUUCCACUUGUCUUCUUCCGCUUUUCCUUUUCCUGAAGUAUUGGAAAGAUAUAACAAUCCUUCAGGAAGCCUUUUUUGAGUUCCUUCCAUUUUCCUUCUUUUCUUACCCAGGAGCUCUUAGGAAAACUACAAGUAGUCCUAUUAUAUAAGGAGCACGAAAUAAAACACUCACUGCUGAACUCACACUAAGGAAUAUGAAAUAAAAGCGAACUGUAAAAAACAAAGACUCACGCCAUAUCUCACCCGACACUGCCGAGCAAGAUUUGGAGAAAAGGAAUAAAUCCCGUGCCCCGAGCACCUCCGCUGCAGCUUUUGCCAGUAGACGAGAAAGUGCUUGUUACUGAACUCUAGGCUUGGUUUUCUUAAGGAUCUGAGGUUAAGGAAGGUGAGAGACGCAGAGGCUUGCCAUGCAGCAAAAUGCACUGAACAGGAGGUCGUAAACUUAGGUAAUUGCAAGGCCUUUUUCGGUGACUAAUGGGUGGUGAUUCAAGGAUCGGUGACUGCUCAGAACAAACAAACACAAAGGGUUUACGAGGUGGCAUCAACUCGCUUUUUUUUCUUUUUGAGAAUUUACGAGCAUCGACCUAAUCUGACCAUGGCGGAAAGCUAGAGACAGACAGACAAACAGAGUUGAGAGAGAGAGAGAGAGAGAGAGAGAGAGAGAGAGAGAGAGAGAGAGAGAGAGAGAGAGAGAGAGAGAGAGA